GACUGUUGAAAUACUCUUUAAAUUUACAAAUUUGGUGUCUGACAUCUAACAUAUCUAUCACUUCUUCAUACAUGUGUGUGUGUGUUGCCUUAAGCAGAGCAGAAAAAUAGUUAAAAAGCUUUAGCCAAGACCUCAUAUCCUAACUAAACAAAUUGCAACAUUUCUUCCUUGGCUAAAUUCAGGAACUAAAUCAUAAAACAUACAAAUAAUAACAAAAAUUAAAAACGAGACUGGCAAGAAACAUGGUCAGUAAAAAACACAAACCAGAGAAUUAUCAUCCAAACCUUAAACAAGCAACAAUUCUAGCUCGAGUCCUUGAAGAAAAUGAGCUAACAGAGAGAAAGAGAGGCAAGCUACUGAUGGCGAGAUGAGAGAAAGCAAAUGAGGAGAGAGAGUUAACGGAGGGAGAUAAAUGAAAAAAAAAAAAUAAGGAGGGAGAGUUUUUUUGGCGGGAGAUAAAUCAAAAAAGUGGGUGGGUAGAUUAAAACGGUAUCCCUAGGUUUGCGUUAACAAGCUCCAUAGAGCAGACCAAAAGUUAUACAUGCUUCCUAUCUUCACUACCUCCGUAAUCUUCUUAUUGAAUAUGAAUGUACGAUGUCCCAAAAUGCUAUGGAGGGAACCCUUCGCGCCAUUAUUUGGAAAAUCUUGGGCGGUUCCUUCUUUAUUUAACCCCUCAAAUCCAGCACUUCUCACACCCUCUAAGUCCUUUCUUCCCAUAAUCGCAUCUCGCUGCCUUCCAAUUGUUCGACGCUCCAGAAUGGCUCAAGCAGAAGUUCAAAACAACAGUCCUGAAAUCAAAGAGCCGGUUCCCAAGAUUCCCAAGCUUCAACAGGACUCUGAAACUCCAAUCACUCUAUUUGGGGUUAAAAAGCUCUCUGAAAAAGCUAUUUUGCCCUCCAGAGCUUCUCCUCUAUCUGCGGGCUAUGAUCUCUCCAGUGCAACAGAGACUAAGGUCCCUGCUAGAGGAAAGGCUCUUAUCCCAACUGAUCUGAGCAUUGUCAUACCUGAAGGAACAUAUGCUCGUAUUGCGCCGAGAUCUGGACUAGCAUGGAAGCAUUCCAUUGAUGUGGGUGCAGGUGUGAUAGAUGCUGAUUACAGGGGUCCAGUUGGGGUUAUAUUGUUUAAUCAUUCGGAUGUGGAUUUUGAGGUCAAAGUGGGUGAUCGGAUUGCCCAGUUGAUUAUCGAGAAAAUCAUGACCCCUGAUGUUGUGGAAGUUGAGGAUUUGGAUGCGACUCUGAGAGGUGAAGGCGGGUUCGGUUCAACAGGCAUUUGAGUUUGCGUAUUAUGAUCUAUGACAUCUUUUGUUGUUCCUUUUGUGGAGGACUUUUAGGAUAAGAGUAAUUUUAGCAAACGGUUGGUUCGCUUAAGGAUUGAAAGAAGAAAAAGACCCCUCUUCUGUAAGUGGUUUUGAAGUAAAUUUGAAUCAAAUAGCCUUACCACAAAAUUAUGCA